GUGUUACUGUUAAAGCAGUUGACUUAACUAACAACACAAACACAAACAAACCGAAAGGAAAGCGAACUCGAAACUCGUUGGCAUAGCUAACUGAGACAGAUAUGAACUCACCGCAGCUUCCACAGACGCGUGGGCGCGUGUUAUCCUCAUCCGAGAUAAACAAAUCCCCAGCCGGGUCAGGAGGAGAUCUUGAAUCUUCUUUAAUCCAAAUCUAUCACCAUCACCACCACAACUCCCUCAAGCUCCGGGAUCAGGCCGAGAAAGCGAAGAAAGAUGCGAUUAAGAAAGCGGGGAGAGUGUCGGAUUUGUUGGUGGAGGCGGUGAACGGAGGUGUGCAAGAGUCGUUUAUAAACGAGAAGCGAAUCGAGGCGGAGAUUCGUGCUUUGGCUUCUACAAUUGCUCGUUUCAUGAAGCAGACCGAUCAAUGGCUCGCCGCUUCUCACGCCAUUAACACCUCUGUCAAGGAAAUUGGAGACUUUGAGAACUGGAUGAAGAGCAUGGAUUUUGAUUGUAAGAGUAUCAACGCUGCAAUCCGCAACAUCUACCAACAAUGACAUACGAAUUCAGGCAGGCACCAAUUGAAGUCCCUGCUUCUUCUGACAAGUCUCUGCAAUUUCAUUUCCUUGUUCUUUUGAUAAGAAGAAGCCAUUAUUAGGCUGUUGAUCUCUUUCCUUUGAGAAGCUAGCAAAGUUGUGCCUCUGCAAUUUCAUUUCCUUGUUCAUUUGUUCUAUACUAUUAGGCAGUCGAUCUCUUUCUUUUGAGAAGCUAGCAAAGUUAUGGAGGCAUAUAUGUACAAAACACAAUAGAAGAAAAAAAUUAAUAGAUGUAAUAAUUGAUUUAUCUCAUA